UUGUGUGCAUCGUUCGUUAUUGCGAACACACACACAAAAAAAAUAAUGUUUAAACAACAAAAAAACGGUCAAGUAAUUACUUAUUUGAUCGCGUCCCCCUUUUUAAAGAGGGGCUCCGUCCGCCGACUGUCGUGUUCCAAGUCCGGAUAUUUCCGCAAAAUGUGAAGGAACGCAACUUGAAACUGACAAAAAAUUUAUUUGGUACAAGACAACGGAAACUACCGAAGGAAUGUGGAUUGCGUAGCAGAAAUCUCUUUAAGCCAAUGUGCCAAACGUGCUCUUGAAGUUUCAUCCGCAAACGUUGAAGGUUCGGAAUGAAUUUCGCCAAGACGAUCAACUCUUGCUACCCUUGCUGGGAUGCUAGCCGCACAGUAUCACAAUGGAGCCCCGCAUGCCCGUAGCCGAAAGGUUUCUUCCAGGAUUUUGAAUUUCCUCUUCUGGUGAUGGUCGUACGUCGGGAAGGAAAUACCCGAAUUGUCGAGGGCAAUGCGGAGGUGCCAACAAGCACUCGAUCAAGAGGGAGCUCGCUGGAUUUAAAUGCGGACUGCACUCCCUGAAAUAAUGCUGCACAAAAAGAGUUUUGCAUCGGUCACGAAAACUUUCGAAUGACAGGCACCACCGCCCUUUUUUCCUCCGCCUGGGCGGUUAAACGCUUAAACAAUCCAAGAAACAAAUAUUGCACAAGCAAAACGAACAAACUAACAAACAAGAAGCCGCACGUGCGCACGCAGUUGCGUGUUUUCGUGGACAAAACAAAUUAACAAAAUGAGUGGGCGAUUGGAAGAUGGCCUGACGGGCCACGCCAGAACUCGGCGGGAGCCCGCGUUGGGGCCUACCGAAGGCUCGAGGCCCGGUGACGGCUCGAGGGCCUGGGCAGGCCCUACCGCGGGCGGCGUCGAAACAGGAAACGCUUGCAAACGGUCGCACAGGGGCACCGUCAAAGUUGCAUUGGUGGGAGGGCUGAGGUCGGGCGAGAAGGAAGCUGGGCUCUGCCCCACGACGGGGACGUCAUCGCCGUCGGCCGGCCGGGGCCGCCACUGGUCAGAGGGUGGGCAGCGUGACGCCGAUCGGCCGCACACGCUGUGCGUCUACCCCGGGGCGCUCGCCACGGACACGGUCGCCUGGCCCGUGGUCGCGACCCAAGACACGACAGCGGACGCCAUCAUCGAGGUGCUGACCCGCAAGCUCAGCCUGGAUCCGACCAAGCGCUACGUCCUUGCAGAGGUGCGCGAGUCCGGCGGGGAGGAGUGGAUCCUGGACGCGUCGGAGCGCCCCGUGCGUCGCAUGAUGCUGUGGCCACGAUCCGCCCUCCGCGACGUGCUCUCGUCGUCCGACUACCGCUUCCUGCUGCGCGAGCAGAACGUGGACGGCUCGAUCCAAUACGACAGCACGCACGCGUGGGUGCAGGUGAGCAGGGCGGAGCGGCAGAUGGUGGCGCGCGGCUUCCUGCCGCAGCGCUACCAGGAUGGCGACCUCGACGACCUGUGCUACCUGCCGGAGCUCAGCGAGGCGGCCAUCCUGAGCGCUCUGCGGGCUCGCUACGGCCGGGGACGCAUCUACACUUACGCGGGCAGCAUCCUCGUGGCCAUCAACCCCUUCCGCUUCCUGCCCAUCUACAACCCGCGCUUCGUGCAGCUGUACGACGGGCGGCGGCUGGGAGAGCUGGAGCCGCACAUCUUCGCGGUGGCGGACGCGGCGUACCACGCGAUGCUGCGCGAGAGGGUCCACCAGUGCCUCGUCAUCUCCGGGGAGAGCGGCUCGGGCAAGACGCAGAGCACCAACUUCUUGAUCCACCACCUGACGGCGCUGAGCCAGCGCGGCUACACGAGCGGGGUCGAGCGGACCAUCCUGGGAGCCGGGCCCGUCCUCGAGGCGUUCGGGAACGCAAAGACCGCUCACAACGACAACUCCAGCCGCUUCGGAAAAUUCAUCCAAGUCAACUACAGAGAGAAUGGAACCGUGCGCGGAGCCAUAAUGGAGAAAUACCUGCUGGAAAAGUCGCGCCUCGUGUCGCAGGAGAAGAACGAAAGGAAUUACCACGUGUUCUACUAUCUGUUGGAGGGCACAACCGAGGAGGAGAAGGAAUUAUUACACCUCCUGCCGCCACCGCAUUACAACUACCUCAACCAGUCAAUGAGAAAAUCCAUCUCUCAAGAGUGGGAUUGCUCCGAGCCUCCAACAGAGACUGACAUCAACCGAGUGGAGGGGGAAGACUUGAAGCACGACUUUGAGAGACUCAAGCUGGCAAUGGAAAUGGUCGGGUUCCUUCCCAAGACUCGCAUGCAGAUUUUCACGGUCCUCUCUGCCGUCCUGAGUUUGGGAAACGUGUCGUUUCGCGGGAAGACGUGUCGGGAUGACACGGUGGAGGUGGAAUUGGGGAUCGCCAUUUCCACCGUGUCCGAGCUGCUGCAGGUCAAGGAGAGCUCUCUGAUCGAAGCGCUGACCACUCGCAAGACGGUGGCGGUCGGGGAAAAGCUCAUCGUCCCGUUCCGUCUGUGCGAGGCCAUCACGGCGAGGGACUCGAUGGCCAAGUCGCUGUAUGUGGCUCUGUUCGAUUGGAUCUUGUUGCGUAUCAACCACGCGCUGCUUCACAAGCGAGACCUCGAGGAGAACGUGCAGUGUUUGUCGAUAGGGGUGCUCGACAUAUUUGGCUUCGAGGACUUCACUCACAGCAACAGCUUCGAGCAGUUCUGCAUCAACUUUGCCAACGAGCAACUGCAUCACUACUUCAACAAGCACAUCUUCAAGAUCGAGCAGGAGGAGUACGCGAGCGAAGGCAUCGUCUGGCACAACAUCGACUACGUCGACAACCUCGGCUGUAUCCAGCUCGUGAGCAGGAAGCCCACCGGUCUCUUCCACCUGCUGGAUGAAGAGUGCAACUUCCCGCAAGCAAACAGUGGAACCCUGCUCCGGAAGUUCCGGCACCAGCACGAGCGGAGCGAGUUCUUCGAGAUUCCGGCCGUGAUGGAGGCGGCGUUCAUCAUCAGACACUUUGCCGGCCGUGUGAAGUACCAGAUCAAGGAUUUCCGUGAGAAGAACACGGACCACAUGCGCGCAGACGCCAUCGCCCUGCUGCGCGGCAGCAGCAGCGUGCUGGUGCGUGCCCUCGUGAGCCUCCACCCCGUGGCGCUGCUGCGCUGGGCCGUGCUGCGUGCACUGCUGCGCUCCGUGCGGGCGUUCCAGGCCGGGGCCACUCGCAGGGCCGGGGCCAGGUCGGUUGUUGCCGCCGUCACCGCCGCCGCGUUAUCGGGCGACGGAGCCCGCGAUCACCGCGGCAUCGGCAUCGACGGGGGGCCUCUGUCGCCCGUCUUCUGCCCGCGAGCGUCCAGCAGCUUUCUCAUGCACCCCGUGCACCAGAGGAGCCUCCAGAUCCUGCGUCGGUGCUCGCAGGAGCGCGUGGCCGACAGCUCCCACGCAGGAGCGCCGCUCAGUUCCUCCCUCCCCUGGGAUGGCGGGUGCGGGAUGCGCCGUCGAGGCUCAUGGGAUGUGUCGCGAGAUGACAUCUUUGCCUGCGCGGCCUCCACGAGGCUGCGGGAGCGCACCAACAGUAUGUUCUGCCGUAAGAAUAAUUCCAAGCCCAAAAUCAACUUACCAAAGCAUCUGGUGGACAUACGCUCGCUGCAGCACGUGGUGCGGCUCUCCCAGCACGAGCGCCCGGCUCACGCCCUCCUUCAGCCUCACCCCAAGAAGAGACCUCCCAGCAUCUCCGCUCAGUUCCAGGCCUCCCUGAACAAGCUGCUGGACACCCUGAACCAGGCGCUGCCCUACUUCAUCCGCUGCCUCCGCUCCAACGACCGCAAGGACCCCAUGCGCUUCGACGAGGAGCUCGUGCUGCGGCAGCUGAGAUACACGGGCAUGCUGGAGACUGUGCGCAUUCGUCGCGCCGGCUACAGCACCAAGUACACCUUCCAGGAGUUCAAGGAGCGGUUCGGCGUUCUGAUGCCGCGAGACGCGGAGCCCGGGCAGGCCGACGUGGGGUCCCUGCUCCAAAGCCUCCGCCUGGAUCCCAACAACUAUCAGAUCGGACGCACCAAGGUGUUCCUCAAGGAGAGCGCUCGGCAAUUCGUGCAGGACUGCCUGCACGACGAGGUGUCGCGACGCGUCGUGCUCCUGCAGCGCCACCUGCGCUGCCGGCGCGACCGCGCAGCCUUCCAGCGGCAGAGGAACGCCAGCCUGCUCCUGCAGCGCGCCGUGCGAGCUUGGCUUUCCGAGCACCGGUUUCUCCGCUGUGUUGAAUCCGGCCGCGACUUCUGGCAGCAGCGCCGAGAUUCCAAGUACGGCAAUCCUGCCGUGCCCGCCGCCAUCAUAUUUCAGGCCUGCCUGGCUAAGAUGAGGCUGCGCGGUCCAUCCCGCCUCCCAUUGUGUGCGGAGGGGGAUGAGGAGGGAGUAACCUCUGGAUACUUGGGCACCGUGUUGGUGCAACGGGUCUGGCCGGAGGGGGCGGAGAAAGCCGCCACGAAUAUUCAGGCCGCGUGGCGCGGGUGGCGAUUGCGGGUGGCGUAUGGCCAGCUGAGGCACGCGACUCUCAUCCUGCAGGUGUGGUGGAGAGCGCGGCGGAGCCGGGCCAGCUUUGUACGCAUGCGAGCUGCCGUGGUCGGGCUGCAGGCACGCUGGCGCGGGCAGACGGCACGCGCGCGAUUUCGGGAGCUUCAACCGCGAGAGGCGCGGCCGUCUGCCGCCCCGCCGUGCCCCGCUCGCCCCGCUAGCCCCGCCGACUCGCGCCCGCCGACUGACCCCGACCCGGCGGCAGUCGUCCUCUCGACCGGAGGCCGCCACCCCGGUGACCGGCGUUCGGGGAGCGCCGCCGCGGGGUUUGACGCGGGAUCGGGAGGCUCGGCGGAAUCCGACGGAAUUGGCGGAGGGCGCGAGGCCGCCGAGGCGGCGUCGCGGGACGACGACGGCGGCGACCGGCGGCAGCGGCGGCGGCGGCCACCGGUGGCGGAGGAAGAAAGCGGGACGAGUCUCGUGGUCGCGCGAAAUGUGACGGGCGACAACGGCAUCGUGCUUGCAGAGGAGUCGCGAGGCGCCGAUGCUGCUGCUGUUGUUAGCGAUGAGGAUGGCGUCGGUGGUGGGAAUGGUUGUGAACGUCAUCGUGGUGUUGAGAAUGAACUUGACAAUAUGAAGGAGGAGGAGGACGUCGAGGAUCAGGCGAAGGGGGUGGUGUUGAACGAGGGAGAUGAAACUGUGUACAGGCGACAUGGAGAUGAUGACAAGGACCAUGAUGAUGAUGAUGGUGUCCUCCUACGAGACACAUCAGUAGACACUGUCUCGAUGGAUGAGACGUGUCCCAAUCCUGUCUCGGCUGGUGAGGCAGAGGACAACCCUGUCUCUCUUUGCAAGACGAUGGACAACUUUGUCUCCAUUCUUGAAAGCAUGAGCGAUGCUGUCACAGCUCGUGAGACAGCAGCUGGACUUGUGUCUCUUCCUGAGACGACGAACAAACCUGUCUCCCCAUACAAGGAACCUAAUGACAUUGCCACCCGUACCAAGACGGUUAACAAUGUUGUCCCUGCCGAUAAGACAGAGGAUGAUUUUGUCUUCACCAACGAGACAGAAGACAUUUCUCUCUGUCCCAGUGAGACACCAGACCAACCUGCCUUUGUGCCUGAGACACUGGACGGUUCUGUCUACCCCAAGGAGACACAAGACCAACCUGUCUGUCUCCAUGAAACCGCGGAUCGUGCUGCAUCUCCAAACAGAACAACAGACGGUUCGUGCUCCCAUCCCGAGACGACGAUGGAAGUCCUCGUCUCUCCCGGCGAGGACCCACAUGGCUGUGUCUUCCACCACGAGGCACCGGGCAGUCCUGCCUCCCGCUGCAAGACGACCGACGGCCCCCUCGCCCAUCAAGAGGCAAUGGAGGUCAUCGCAUCCGCCGACGAUGCGGCGGACGACGCCCUCGCCCGCCUUGAGACCGCGGACGACGCUCUCUUCUUGCCCAACGUAACGCCGGUCGACUCGUUCUCCUGCCGCGAGACCACAGACGUCUCGCUCUCGCCUCGUGACACGACGGGCGUCUCCAUCUCGUGCCGCGUGGUGGCCGCCCGCCGCGUCUCCCUGCCCGCGACGCCGGACGUGCAGGCCCCGGCCGCCGAGACGCCGCGCGUCCCCUCGUCGCUGCCGGACGACUACCUCCACCGCCUGCUCGACACGCUGGACGAGGGCGACUGCGGGGAGCUGCUGCGCGAGAUCGCCCAGAACCUCUACAAGAGGGAUGGGGAGGAGGAGGAGGAGGACGACGAGGAUGAGGACGACGAUCGGGACGACGACGGCGACGACCGCGACGGCAUGGACGCGGACGCCGAGGAAGGCGGCGGAGCCGCCGACGGCCGCGACGGCGGACGGCGGGCGGAGCGGCGGAGCGGUGCGGCGAAGGGACGGCCGGAGUCCGUCGAGCGGCGGGCGAGGUGGACGGGGCGCCCCAAGUUCGCGCCGCCCGCCAAGCCCGGCGCCGGCGCGUCGGCAGAGGACGCUGCGCUCGCGUAUCGGAGCCGAGAGACGAUGACAACCCCACCACCACCGUCGCCGCCACCACCAUCGUCGCCACCAGCAGCGGCGGCGGCGGCGGCAAAGGAAGCGGCCGAAUCGCGAGUGCCGUGGUCUCGGCGCUCGGUUCAAACGAAGUUGACGGCGGAGGAGGUGGACGCCCUGCGCCGCAUGAUCGUCAUCAAGCAGGAGAACCUCGAGUCGGAGGGGCGAGCCCAUCACAUUCCCGGGCUGCAGCUGCAGCACUUCAACCUGCCGCUGGGAGAGAAGAGGCUCAGGGCUUUCGGGCCGGGCGCGUCGACGGGCAGCGGCGGGAUGCACGGCUCGGCCGGCAGGGUGCACCUGAAGAGGCGUCUGCGCAACUUCCUGAGCAACAAGCGGGUGGCCGACAAGAAGACGUCACAUGAUCGUCCCGCCGGUGCCCCGUCCACCACCACCACCAUCGCGACCUGGCGGUGGUCGCAAGUCGGCAGUGUCGCCAUCCGGGAGAAAGAGAGCAAGGGCCAUGAAGAACCCUCCGAUGUGGAGAUCCCAGCGUUCUGUGGGCUCCCACCGUCUUCGGGCCGUUCGGUGGGGAAGGCGGAGAGGUCCGAGCGGAGGGAGCGGGCGGCCAUGGAGCCUCCGAUUUCCCCGUCGCAGCCCGACACCCCCCUGUCGAGGAAGCGGAGCAUCCGCUUGGCGCGAGAGGUACCGGGAGGAGCGCAGGGGCAGUGGAACAACAGCACGGGGAAGGUGGCCGUGCGAUCGGGCGACCUGCAGCGGCUCGAUGGCUUCCUCUUGCACAAGAUCAGCGAUCUCCUUGUGGAUCCCUCCCAAGACUCGGAGGCGGACGUCCUCUUCAAGAACGCCCUCAAGGAUUUCCGUGGCAACGUCCAGAGCCUCUACUCGGCCUCCCUGCGGACGGAGGUGACGGCGUUGACCUACAAGGACCUGGUGGACAACUUCACCCGGGUGCUGGAGAAAGGGGUCCCCUCGGGGGCCGUACGACGGACAACCAGGAGGGCGGCUCGUGGGAUGAAGGGGGACGCGGGGGGCACGGGGGGCACGGGACGCCCGUGCCUGCCCGUGCCGAUGGGCGUGAACACCAUGCAGGUGUUGAUCGACGAGUUUGUGAGAGAGGCGGCGCGGGAGGAGGAGGCCCUCAACAGCAAGGUGGCCAGAUUUGACAAGAAGAAACGGAAAAAGAAGGAAAUGGAAAAUGCGGAGGAGAGACUGGGCCACGCGUUCCGGAACGUCCAGUUCAACAUCCCAACGUCGUGUGAGCAGUGCGGAGCGUUCAUGUGGAUGAUGGACCGAGGAUACGUGUGCAAGCUGUGCAAAUACACGUGCCACAGGCGGUGCUGCGAAAGAGUCCUCAUGCCCUGCCCGGGCUCCUUCCCCUCCGGACGCAGGUACGAGCCUCACGUUCUGGACGGCAGUGCCCGGCCGCCGACGCUGGCCUCGUACGGCGGCCGCCACUUCGGCGUGCCGCUAGCGCUGCUCGCGUGUCCGUCACGCGCCGUGCCCGAGGUGCUGGAGCGGCUCGUGCGGCACGUGGAGACGCAGGGCCUCUACUGCGAGGGCGUCUACCGCAAGUCCGGCUCGGCCAACCGUGCCCGCCGCCUCCGCAGUGAGCUGGAAGCCGAUGUGAACGGCGCGUCCCUGGAAGGCUACCAAGUCCACGUGGUGACGGGCGUCCUCAAGCAGUGGCUCCGCGAGCUGCCCGAGCCGCUGUUCACCUACGAGUACUACCACGACUUCCUGCGCGCCGUCGAGCUCCCGGACAAGAGAGAGCAGGUCCGAUGCGUCUACUCGGUUAUCGAUAAACUACCACAGCCUCACCACAGCGCCCUGCAGAGGCUCAUUUUCCACCUUGUUCGGGUCGCGCAGCAGGAGGAGACGAACCGCAUGUCGGCGUCGGCGUUGGCUAUCGUGUUCGCGCCGUGCGUGCUGCGUGGCAGAGACGGCAGGGACCCGCUGCUCGGCAUGCGGGAGGUCGCGCACGCCACCGCCUGCCUGGAGCUCAUCAUUGGGGAGCAGAUGACCCGCGUGCAGUCGAUCCUCGCCGACAUCGCGUCGCUCGACACUGCACACGAGGCAGCUUCCCACCGCUUGCUCCUGGUCCUGCAGUCGCUGGAGAGCGUCAAGGGUAAGCCGGCUACGGCGGACGAGGGCGCGGGUGGCAGGGUGGAAGGUUUGACCCCCACGGAGGAGAUUCCGACCCUGUUCGAUCAAGACGCCACAGCCAUCCGGGACGAGGAGCGCAUCUUACGCAAGCAACUGCAGUCCAUUCAGGAGGAACGGGAGGAGCUCUCGUACGGGAUGCUCGCCCUGGAGCCCUGCGGAUCCGACGAGGAGACGCUGGACUCCGGCGCGUCCCUGGGCACGGCCGACAGCGCCGAAAACAUCCUGCAGGGCGCUAACUUGGUGAGCUCCUCCGCCUACCCGUGGACCUCCCUCUACUCCGGCACUCCGCUCCCCGCGCUGGCGUCCACCGCCUGCGGCUCGCUUGGCUCCGAGGCCUCUCUCUACUCCUGCUGCUCGGAUGAUGGCGCCGCUGGCGCCGCUGGCGCCGGCGCCUCGGCAGAUCUCGCCCCCGCCUUCCCGGCGCGGCUCCAGCGUCACCGCGAGGCGUGCCGCGCAUCGGCGCCGCUCUGCAUUCCCACGCGCCGCGACGACCCGGUCGCCCGGGCGGCGGCGGCGGCGGCGGAAUCGGCGCGCCGGCAAUCGGACCCCACGUUUGACCACGCGGCGAGGGCGGACAUCCCCUUCAUCGACGACUCGUCGGAAGUGUGAAGCGACGCGCGUGGAGCGCGCGUCGCAGCGAAGGAAGCGAAGGAAGCACGUUCGCGCGCCGUCGCCAGUAGGUGUUUGCCGAAGGGGGAAGUGUCUCCCCGUUCAAACCGCGCAGCGCCGAUGUUGGAAGGUUAAAAGGGCCGCGCUCGUUUGGACCCGCCACGGCGCUUGUGUUUCGUUUUGCUGUGCAGUGCUCGAAGAGGUCUUGGAAGUUUGGACGCAAGCGGUUGCUGUUUGCAGAAGGGUAGAGGUUUUCACUGCUCGUUGUCACCCCGUCAAGCACGUGCAGCGUCUUGUCCGGGACACGCUUGUUAGAACCCACGGCACUUCUCGUUUGCUUUUGCUUUGUUGUGCUGCAAAUGGGUCUUGAACCCCACCACCAGGAUACAAGCAACAGCAACUUGUCUGAAGAUCAAACAGAGAAGAUGUUCAUUGGAACCCACGGCACUCGCUUUUGCUUUUUUUUCCCCGCUCCACCAUUGCUGCACUUGAGUAUUUAAAUCCAUCGGAACACCUGCAUGCAAGUGGUCUCAUUUGUAGAAAAAACCCCGGGGUUUUGCCUACCUCCCUUGGCUGUCUUGACAGAGUGGUGGGUAAGUUCAUCCCCCAUUGUCUCUGUUGUAGAUUUGCUGUACCGUUUCUGCAAAAAGGGUUUUGAAAUCCUUCAAUAACGCGUGGAUACAAGCGGGGUCUGGGGUUCAGGAAGGAAGUGUUGUUUUUCCCCACCUGAGGCAGCUGCACCGUCAUCAGAGCAGGUGGGUGACUCGCAGGGAAUGUUGAAGUGAUAUUUUUGUUCAGACCCCAAUGAGAUUUCGCUCUCCAGUGCUGCAAACGUGUUACACGCUGACUACGCCUUUCAGAACAGUGUCUCGUUGCACAAUGUCGAAGUGCAACCGUUGACAGACUGUCGCGAGGUCAAAGCACGGUGCGUGUUCAAUCGCAUCGGUUUGCCGAGCGGUGCUGCAAAUGCUGUCCAUUGGAAAACCCUGGGUGCAUACGGUCUUGGCAGAAGGACGAGUCCCGCAGCAUCAGCAUGCUCCUGGCUGCUCCGAGGCGAAUGGUGGAAAGUUAAUCCCAAAGUUUUUGUUUUGUGCCCUGUACUGCGAAUGGGCGUUGAAAUCAACUGGGAACACUUGAACUCAAGCUGGCGGUGCUGUGGGCCAUUGUCUGUAUUCUACCCAAAAUCGGCAGGCAAUGUCCCCUUCGUAAAAAUAGUCUGCAGAAGCUUAAAGUGUGAUUUGUUUUUCACGCGAGGACCUAAAAAGCUUCACGUUGCCGCGCAGAGCUGCAAAAACUGCGCUUCGAAAUCCGUUGGGUCACCUGGAUGCAAACGGUCAACUUGCGGAAGGCAGCGUGUUUCUCGUGCUCUGAAGCGGAGUUGAAAACUCCGCAUCCCUAUGACCAGGGUCAUUCUCUCAAUGGCAGAGAAAUUAACCUCAGACGGUGGGUGUUUCUGCUGCAAGGGUGAAAUGGAACUUUUAUUUGCGUGUUUUAUUUCAGGCUGAAUUUAACAAGCCUUUAUUUCUGUCUCAGCGGUGCAGUUCAGAUCCUCCGAUGCGUCCGCUCGAAGUUUUAAAUCCUCCCGCGCUGACGUCCGCGCUCGCGUGAUAAAACAUCUCAGCUUUUAGAACGUGUUCACGUGCGCAAGGGACGGCGCACGGGACAGUCGAAUGCGGGCUGCAAAACGCUGCACUAAAAAUGCCUUCAUGUAAUGCAGUCGCUCACUUGAUUCAGCCAAGCACAGCUCCACGGGGCUCACGUUUUUUUUUGUAUUUGUCGGGCGAUUGCCAACAGGGCAAGCAAAUUUUAACAGUGCCGAACUGUCGCCGUAUUGUGUUGCGUGAGAGAGGCUCCAAUUGUGGCUCCUAUCGAAGAGCCCCCUAUCGAAGAGUUUCCUAUUGAAGCGGCCCCCUGGUGUCAUGUUUCAGGGUUCCCUUCCCUGCCCUGACGCGAGGCCCCUGCCAGCCGUGGGAGUUCCGCAAGAAAGUUUCUUCAGCUUGUGACACGAUUCUGAUAAUAGCUCAAUUUAGUGGUAAAACUUAUAAAAAAAAUGUAAUCUAAUUAUAACCUGAACAGAGAUUUUAGUAAUGAAAGAGUUGUGUGUGCGAUCUUGAGCACUGUGUUUGUGACCGUUCAUCUGAGCUGCAAAUUGUUACCUCGAAGCGUGCGGCAGGGAAUUACAUUUCUGGCUUCAAAUGCCGACUUUUUUUUACGUCCCAGUGUUCUGAGAGAAAUUGCUGUUCCCGAAAUGAGGAUAUCCACACCGAGCUCUUUCCAUAUUAGAUGUAACGCAGUAAGCUAUUUGGUUUAUUAUGAAUAAAAAAUAUUUU